AUUUUAGCCUGCCAGGAGUGGGAGGAAAAGGAUCUGGCCUGCCGGACAGGAAAGGUUCCUUUUCGUACUCCCAUGAGAGAGUGUGGCCAACACCAUCUAGAGAACAAUUGGUUUCCCCAUUCCUGUGGUAGUGCCUCAGGGUACCAUAUGAUGCCAGUUUUUCUGAUUGCUGGAAUAAGGGCCCUUUGAAGCAUUGCAGAAGGAGUGUCUGUACUUGCUAUACUGACCACAACCACCGUCAUGCAGACUCUUCUGAAACUGAGCCUCUUUUUGGCACUGGUAACAUCAGGUGCUUCUCUGGAGUGUGAAACCUGCUUUAGUAAUGAAACCACUUGUGCAGGUGACAAGAAGACGUGUUCAGGCACUGAAGAGACCUGCAUCGUCAUCCUGACUGAAAGCACCGUAGAUGGACCAUCAGUGACAAAAGUAGAGAAAAGGUGUUCAACCAUGUCUCAGUGCUCCAUGCCUCCGUUUUACUUCACUUUGGGGGCUGGAAGAAGAGUACGCCAAAGCUGGGUCUGCUGCACUGACGACUGCGAUAAAGUUGUACCCGUCUUGAUACCAGUACAGACUCGAUCCAACGGAGUAAUGUGUCCUGCCUGCCAUGAAUGGAAGGAGUCAUGCAAGACAGAGAUGGCCAAUUGCACUGGAAUGGAAACGAGCUGCUUUAAGAUAACCUCACAUGUAGAUACCAAUGGAACCCACGUUGACCGGACCAUGAUGGGCUGCACUACAAAGUACACCUGUGCGGCAAUAGAAGGCGAAGCCACAAAUUUCCGUCCCAUGUCGUCUGAAGCUGUCCAGGUGGCUGAAUGCACACAUUCUAUGGGAUCUCGAUCCUCCGGGCUCCUCCUGCCAAUCUUUUCUGGGCUCCUGCUGCUGAAGAUCAUCUCAUGAAAGGGACCUGCAUGGGAUUCCAUCUCCUCUGCAUUCAUUUAUGCCUGUCUUUUAUCCACUCGCCACUUUCUCUGAAUGCAGUUUAGCCUUUCCAGGAGGAAUUCUCUGUUUUCCUCAGUGAAAAUAAACACCAGGAGUAACAA